UGUUUGUCAUUUACUCUUCAAAUUCAAAUUAAUUUUCUUCGCUGAGCAAAUCCUUCACUCAUGCCGGAGUCAAUUUUUCUUCGAUGAGCCAUUGAGCUUGAUGUGAAGUGAAUGGUUUCUUCUCUCUUCCUUUUCUUCAUUCUAUUCCUCGUCUCUCUUCUCAUCAUCUUGGCUUUGAUCGUACGGCCUAAAUCCGUCAGGAUCCCAAUCAAGUCCCGCCACGUCUUCAUCACCGGUGGAUCCAGCGGCAUCGGUCUCGGUCUCGCCCACCUCGCCGCCGCCGAGGGCGCUCGAGUCUCCAUCCUCGCCCGCUCCCCUGAAAAGCUCGCCGAGGCCAAACGAUCCAUCCUGCUUGCGACCGGCGUCGAGGUCGACACGUUCUCUGCCGACGUUCGCGAUUACGACGCCGUUUCGAAGGCGGUUGACGAAUCGGGGCCGAUCGAUGUGUUGGUCGUCAAUCAAGGCGUGUUUAUUGGCAAGGAGCUUGAGAAACAGAGUCCUGAGGAGGUCAAGUUCAUGAUUGAUGUGAAUCUGCUCGGAAGCUUCAAUGUGAUUGAGGCGGCUUUGCCUUCCAUGAAAGCCAGGGAAAGUCGUGGCCCUGCCUCCAUUUUUAAGGCAGGUAUCUACGGUUACACUGCAUAUUCAGCGAGCAAGUUUGGGCUUCAAGGUUUAGCGCAAGCAUUGCAGCAAGAAGUUAUUUCUCAUGACAUUCAUGUGACUCUCUUGUUUCCUCCAGACACUGAUACACCCGGGUUUGAAGAAGAACAGAAGAAGAGGCCAGAGCUCACUUCCAUUAUAGCCGGAUCCUCUGGUUCAAUGAAAACUAAAGAAGUAGCCAAGAUAUGUCUUGAUGGUAUCAAAGCAGGAAAAUUCACUGUGACGUGCCAUUUCAUUGGGUUCUUACUAUCUCUUGCAUCGUUUUGGCUUGCUUUCACUGAAGUUAUGUUCGGUGGUCUAAUUAGACUCGUAGGCUUUUUUUUCCAAUGGGAUUGGUAUAAAACCAUAGAAAAGUGGAGCAAAAAAGACAAGAAGCAAAGAGUAAGAUAGCUUAGGUCGUCAAACCAUCUUAUCUUUGGUAUAAACCAUUCUUUCUUUGUAACAGGUUUAUGAUUUGUAGAGGUUCAAAAGACAAAGAUUUAUGAAAUGUAUAUGAUCACGCCUUUGUACAGUAUAGGAUUUGCCGAAAUACAAUG